AUGCACCGUUACAUGAGGAAAUUUGUAUGCUUCUUGUGCUUACUAAUCAGUUGCAAUUUAAAUUUCAUUUGUCCAAACGGAAAAUCAAAAUUUGCGACUUCAAACUUCCUGCACAUUGUACCUCAAAAAUCGGUCCUUAGUGAUAUUAAAUCUCAUGCUUUAUAUCUGACAAUCCUUUUGAAUUUCAACGCAUCGCGAGAAUGUUUGGGAUCCAUUGGAAGAAUCGAGAAUUAUGUUAAUCAGAUUUGUUCACGUUACACGUGUCAAAAACAUGAUGAGAUUCUACACGGUGUUGGUUUCGGAAUUGACUAUUUCAGAAAAAUCAGUCCUGGUUUCCGACUCAGAGGCAUCAAAAACUAUGAAUAUCGUGAAAGAUCUGGAAAGUUUGGUAAACUGCCUAAAACAGGUGGUGAUAUAUUUGUCCAUGCAAAGUGUAAUGAUCAUGGCAUGUUGUUCGAUUUGGCAAAAUCCAUCAUUCAGAAUAUGCCGCGUGGAUGUGUGGAUAAAUUUGAAGAUAUUUACGGUUGGAUAUAUCGGGAUAGGCGUGAUUUGAGUGAAUUCAUUGAUGGCACGGAAAACCCUAAGUUUUUGGAUGAACGAGCUGAAGUGGCGAUCAACAAACAAACAGGUGGAAGUUAUGCUCUUGUUCAGAAAUGGGUUCACAAUAUGAGUUUGCUUCAGGAGACAGCUGAUGAGACAAAAGAACAAUGGAUUGGUCGAACUAUAAAUGAUAGCCAUGAGAUGAUAAGAAAACCAAACACAUCACAUGUUGCCAGAAUGGUUGGAUCUGAGGAGUUUAAAGCUAAGAAGAAACAUAAAAUUGUUCGACAAGCUCAACCAUUUGGAACUUUAUCUGGAGGUGCUGGUCUCUUAUUCAUAGCAUACGCAGCAGAUACCGAGAAUUUCGAUUUCAUGCUGGAUCGAAUGACUGGUGAUAGUGAUGACAAGAUAAAUGAUAAUUUAAUGCUGUUCAGUCUAUGUGUUACUGGAAACUAUUGGUAUUUUCCUAGUCUAUUUGAAUUUAACCUUCUAGUCCGUAAUCUGCCAAUAACAAUUUUGUUGUAA